ACUCAUCAGUCAUGUCCAUGUGAAGUCGCCAACUUGGUCUGGAAUCAACUCGCUCCAACUCAACUCCAUCUCAGGUCAACUUGGUCCCAAGUCAACUCAGUCUCGUCAUUUUAUUUCUCCAUGGUCUCGUCAACUCAAGAUUGAAGGCAGGCUCUUGGCUGCAGCAGGAAUAAAAAUCUUCCAAGCUAGUUUCGACACACUUUAGCACAUCUGUAUUAAAGUAGGCCCUUCACGUAUUUUCAGAAUUCUAAAAGUGCAUGUACUGUGCAUGUUAAUUUACUGACAUGUGCACGUGAUGCCUGGCCUUGUAAUUUGGGCAGGCCAGGCUCUUGGAUGCAUCAUUAAUUACCAUAGAUAAGAAGGCAAAAUCUCAGUCUUUCUUGCUAGAAUGACGAACGUUGGCAUAUAAGUAUUUCCAGAAAUCUAACAUUGCAUACGUAUACACUUUAUUUACAAACAUACAAACACACUGUAUGUUAGCCUAUUUAGCCUGACACAAAUUGAACUUGCUUCCUGUACUUUUUGUUGUCAGUUGCUGUGGAAAUCAGUGGAUUCAGACUUGAACUUAGACCUUCUGGACUAGGACUCAAACAAUGAGAACUAGGCUUCCAGGACUUGGCCCAAGCCCCCCCUCCCCUGAUUUUUAACUUUCUUUUACCACGCAAGACUGGCCGUGCAGGUGGUCUAUGCGUUUAUGUGUCUGCGGUGCCGCGGCAUGCUCAAAAUGGGAAAACAGCUAGACAUGACAAGGUUUAGAAUGCUCCUUGGUCUGUUUGGAAAGGCAGGCUAUAAUUGUCCAAAUACAAAAGGAUUUGCACAGAAUCAUGCAAAUACGUUCUGUUCAUGGAAUUUCAAAAGUUUCCAUGAUUGACUUAGUAGUUUACAGUUUAAUGAGUUGAAGUUUGUUCUGUAGUGGGACAUGUUAGAGCAGACUGCCAGAAGUCAUUAAGUCUGUCGUGUCUGUGAUGGGUCGGAGUGAUGUCCAUGAGCAGGGCAGACGUCGGACCUUGAGAACGAGAGCAACCAUUAAGCUUGAGGAGGAAGUUCACGAAGAGAAGAUGAUGGAGCAAGGAGUGGCCAAUGAGUGGGCAGCAUCAGUGGAGAGCACAGAACCUGAGAGCGGGCUCAAGAGAGACUCAAGUUCCAGUCACGGUGAGGACCCAAGUGACAGCCACUCUGACAGUGAUGAGGAGCAAGAACAGUGGAUGGAGAAAACAGCAAGUAGAAAAGCUGUCACUUGUCAGUCAUAUUUGUCAUCUGUGAAGAAAUCAUUAUUUGCAGGUAGAUUUGGCCCAGGUACUUCCUGAUGUCUUAAUUAACCCUAAAAGAGCUUGGUUACAUCGGACCACCUCAUCAAGAAAUGGGCUGUCCAAUGCUGGAUUUUUACAAAUGACUUUCCUUCUCAAGUUUUAUGUUAAUCUGUCAUAUGGUUUGACAGUCACUUGGAAGUUGGCAAUGGCAGUGGGAAAAGCAUACAUUCUUGGUUGACCUCUCUCAGAAAAAUGGUGCUGUGCCAGAACAGUAUGUUGGAUUUUCACAAAAAUGGUGUUCGAAUGACCAAAAUGAGUUAUUAAAAAAACUUCAGAAGGCUUCUAGAAAAUAUGCACCUUGAUAAUAUUGGAAAAUAUGUUAAAGGGGGUUAGAUUGAGCAAAUGGUUGCCUUGUCCCCUAGGGUUUCAUAAUUUGCUGUGCAGCACUGCUCUACAUCAAAGAAGAUGGAUUGGGGCAACUGUGGCAAUUGGCCAUCAAACAUUGUUUGGCCCCGUUCGUCCUUUUAUUAAAGUUUUUACCCGGCACAGUUCAGUUUUUCUUCCUCAUAAAUUGCCCAUUAUUACAAGCUGUUAUUAGAAGCCAAAGUGCACAUUAUGUGAAAUUCCUGACAUCCCUGUUUAGUGAAUAUUUUGAAAAGAAAAUUUAACAUAUUUUCUCAAGUUUUAAUAUGAUAGAGCACUGAGAACUUUGUUUCCAAAAAGAUUUCCAAACUAAAAUCUAGCUUAAUUUUGACAAAUAUUGAACCAACACACAAAAAGGGACCAUGUUGUAAACACUUGUCAGUAUUUUCAGUCACCAUCCAAAAUUUCCGAUUUGUAUCCAACUCAACAGACAUGUGUACACUGUUGCAAUAUUUCUGCCCACACUUUUGGGCUCAAUCGUUGAUUUCUGUAGGAGCUGUUGGUCCAUAGAUAUUUUAGGUUUGUGGUCUUCCCUGAUUGACGUUACAGUGUUACUGUAAAAUAGCGCCCUCACUUGUUAGGAAAAGGGAAAGACAAUUUUAAGUGUUUAAAAAUGUCACUUUUUGACUCACUAAAGCCUGAAGGGGUGUCUGGAAAAAUAUUAUUAACAAAGAAAACAAAUCACAAAUGUUUGUAGAA